AUGCCUUCUCUGGCGCUCGGUAUCCACGGCCUGUCCCUCGCAUUUCACGGCGCAUCCAUCCUUCUCCGCGACUUGGUGCUGCUCACAACCUCCUCGGUCCUUCUCGCCUUGCUCGCUGUCGCCGGGUAUUGUCUGCUCCUCCAUCCCCUAGCCCGCGUUCCCGGCCCCAGACUCGCCGCCAUCUCGAAUGUGUGGUACGCCCGCCAGGCCCGUGAUGGACGCAUGCUGCAGCUGGGCAAGACGCUGCACAAGCGGUACGGCCCUGUUGUCCGCGUCGGGCCGAACGAGGUCUGGUUCGACUCUGUAGAUGCAUUCAAGCACAUUUACCGGGCCGGCAGUGGUUACGAUAAGUCCGACUUUUACCUGUCCACUGCGCUGCAGAGGCCGGACAUCACCUACACCCCUCUUCCAACCUUCACGUCCCCCGAUACCCUCGACUUGCUCUCCGAACGUAACACGCAGCGCUACCGCCUACAGCGUCGUCUCAUAGGACCCCUCUACCAGACCGCACAUCUUAAACGCCACGAGCCGGCCCUCGACGCCGUCUUGGACAGGGUCGUCGCCACCCUCCGGUCACUCGAGGGUGCCGAGAUCGACCUCAAGGAAUGGAUGCACAUCAUCGCGGUCGAGUCCCUCGCGGCCGUCGUCCUCACCUGGUCGCCGAACUACCUCCGCGACAGGACGGACCACUCGUCCAGCAGCCACGGCUACAUGGGCUGGCGCCGCAAGUCCGUCUUCGGCCUCUUCCCCCUCGCCGUCAAGCUCGAGCUCCUCUCCAAGGCCUUCGGGAGGUCCUUCGCCAACCUGUGGGGUGUCACCUACAAGACGCCCAAGAACUUCCGGCCCUUCUUCACGGGCGUCUACAGGCAGGUCUCGCGGCGGGUGACGGCCGCCCUCGCGGGCAAGCCGGUCCCGAAGAACGACCGCAAGGAUGACUUCCUCGCGGACCUGAUCCGGCUGCACGGUGACCGGCCCGACUUCUCCGAGGCGUACCUCCGCCGCAUGGCCAUCACUAACUUCGGCGCCGGCCACGAGACCAUGUGCUCGGCGCUGACGUCUGUUAUGGCCAUGAUCGGGUCCCACCCGGAGGUGCAGCGGCGGGCGGCCGACGAGGUGCGCUCCGCCACCGAAGACCCAAAGGUCUACGACAACGCCGUCCGCCUAGACUACACCCAGGCGGCCAUCAAGGAGGCCCAGCGGCUGUACCCCGUCCUCGGCAUGUCGCUGCCGCGCACGGUGCCCGCCGAGGGCCUCGCCGUCCACGGGCGGGUCUUCCCUCCGGGGACGACCGUCGGGUGCAACCCCGUCUCGCUGCACAGGAACGCGGCCAUCUUCGGGGAGGACGCGGAGGAGUUCAGCCCGGACCGCUGGUUGGACGGGAAGAGGGACGUCAAGUCCAUGGAGCGGUUCAACCUCACCUGGGGAGGGGGCGGGAGGAUGUGUCCCGGGAGACAUCUCGCCGAGCUGGUGGUCUACAAGACGAUACCGGCGCUGCUGGAGCACUUUGACGUCGAGGUCGUCAUGCCUCUGGAGGAGGAUAUACAGUAUUACUUCAUGGCCAUGCUGACUGGUGUGAAGGCCCGAUUUGUGGCCAGGAAGAAGAACGAAUGA